UAUUGUUACCAUUAUUAAGCUUAUCUUAUUCUCCUUUCAAUGCUUCCUCAUGAAGCAACUUAUAUUUGUAAUGAUCUAAUUUGUUGAAAACAAUCUUGGCAUUAUACUGGAGACAGAGGCACAGAUUAUGGUAGUAAGGAACAUGAAUAUGGCUGACACGUUAAUGCUUGUGGUCGAGUUUGGCCUACUUUUUCUGGCAUAGAAUUCCCUUACUUUUAUCACUUGAAAAAUUUAAAGGGCUAAGUUUUGCUUUUACUUUAUAUAAACCCUUUUUCUUUUUGUGUGUUUUGGAUUCUCCAUGAUUUCUAAACUUUUCAUUUGGAUUGAUACUAUCAUUGUUUUUCUGAUUUUUAAAAUGUUUGUUGUAGUUGCAAAAAGGGGCCAUUGCUUUUCUAUUCGAUUGUGAAUUGUGAAGUUAAUUGAGGAACAAAUUUGUUUGCAUUCCCUUCUCUGUUUUGAUCCUGUGGAGAACUUUAACCUACAGUGACACUAGUAAUCUCUAAUAAUUUAGUUGCCAUAGUGGUAAUACAAAUGAAGUGGUUAAUGGCGUCCAGUGUCCACUAAAGUGUAGUCUUUACAGCAGGGGGCAUCUGCUUUUGACUCCUCUCCAUUUUUUGCUUGUUUGAUUAAAGUCAAUUGCUUUUUCCACCUGCGUUUAUUGACAUGAACUUUCAAUAGUAUCUUCCCAUUUAAAUUUCUUAAGCAUAGAGCCAAGUGUUCAAAAAAGUAGCCUAAAUAGUGUAACAUUGGUGGUUUCAAAAGCAUGCAAGAAUCCGGAAAUUAAUUGGACUUUCAGGGUUAGUGGUCACUAAGGGAGUAAGGGUUGAGUCUCUUUAACUUACUGUGUAUGGGAGGAAUUUGUUAAAGAGAUGCCUUUGUUAUGGAUUCCGAAAUAUUUACAAUGUCUUUCUUUUCUCCCUUCUUUGCAAUAGAAGAGUCUGAAACAAGAAAGGAAUUUGAUUUAUGGAUGUGAAAAGGCUGCAAAAGGAUGCGCUUUUUUUUCUUUGUCAAAUAAAAAAAUUUGAUAUCAACCAUCUCAGCUACUCCUUCACUUCACUCUUCUCCACUGAGUCAGUUAAACUUUUACUGUAGUCUGCAAUUGGGUGCCUUUCAGUAAGUAUAAUCACUGCUGCAUGAAAACCCUGCAAGAGGAAAUUCUACUGUGCCAAUUGAUCAUAACUUUGAGGGAAUUGGUGAGGAGGAGUAGCUAGAGCUUGAAAGACUGUGGGAUUGAACUGAAACAUCCUUCUGAAUCUGCAUGCAUUAGACGUUCAAAUGAGGCUUCGAUCCUUGUUUGCAACUCUUUUUUGCCUUGCGCUUCAUCUAGCAACUCUGCCAAAGAUCAUUGCUGAUCUGAACUCUGAUAGGCAGGCCCUUUUAGGCUUUGCUGCAGCUGUUCCUCAUCUUCGAAAACUCAACUGGAGUUCUCGUAGAGAAAUUUGCAGCUCUUGGGCUGGCAUUGGCUGCAAUAAAGAAGGAACUCGAGUGACUGCAAUCCACCUCCCAGCUGUUGGUCUAUUUGGUCCCAUCCCAGCAAAUACUAUUGGGAAGUUAGAUGCUCUUCGAGUCCUUAGUUUGCAUUCCAAUCACCUAAAUGGAAACCUUCCUCCUGAUAUCCUCUCACUCCCUUCCCUUCAGUCUAUUUACCUUCAUCACAAUAACUUCUCUGGCAGCAUGACUGCUUCUUUCCCUCCUCAACUAGGAGUGAUGGAUUUUUCUUUCAAUUCAUUCAGUGGAGAAAUUCCAAAAGCACUAGCAAAUUUGACUCGUUUAUCUGUGUUGAACCUCCAGUCUAACCAUCUUUCUGGAGCUAUUCCCGAUUUGAAUCCCCCAAGGCUAAAGAUCUUGAACUUGAGUGAUAACUUGCUGAAUGGCUCAAUUCCAAGUCCCCUCCAGAAGUUCCCAAAAUCUUCAUUUGAGGGAAACUCACACUUGUGUGGGCCACCUCUGGCUGAUUGCUCUGCACUAUCCCCGUCAAUUUCUCCUCCAUCAGAUAGUACAACAUCUUCUCCUACAAUCCCUGGAAUACAGCAUCUGACAUAUUCAAGGAAACUAAAUACCGGAGCUAUUGUUGCCAUUGUGAUUGGGGGAUCUGCUAUUCUUCUUCUUAUAGGUGUAGUGCUCUUCUUCUUCUGCCUGAAGAAGAAAGGCAAUGCAAGCACGCGUGUGAUAAAAGGAAAGGUGUCUAAUGGUGGAAAAGCUCCAAAGCCCGAAGAUUUUGGUAGCGGAGUUCAAGAAGCUGAGAAGAACAAAUUGGUGUUUUUCGAAGGAUGCUCUUAUAACUUUGAUCUUGAAGAUUUACUUAGGGCUUCUGCAGAAGUACUUGGAAAGGGGACUUAUGGUACAACAUACAAAGCUGCUUUGGAUGAAGGAACAAUGGUUGUGGUAAAAAGGUUGAGGGAAGUAGCAGUGGGGAAAAGAGAGUUUGAACAACACAUGGAAGUUCUUCACACAGUAGGAAAGCAUUCAAACAUCGUACCACUGCGGGCUUAUUACUAUUCCAAAGAUGAGAAGCUGGUUGUUCAUGAGUACAUGCCUGCUGGUAGCUUAUCAGCAGCCUUGCACGGUAAUAAAGGUUCAGGGAGAAAUGUGCUAGACUGGGAUUCAAGAAUGAAGAUUUCAGUUGGAGUGGCAAGAGGAAUUGCCCAUGUACAUUCUGAAGGCGGCGCCAGAUUUUCGCACGGAAACAUCAAGUCUUCCAAUGUGCUCCUCAGUAAAGAGCUGGAGGGUUGCAUCACUGAUUUUGGCUUGAAUGCUGUGAUGAAUUUUGUUGGUGUCAAAACAAGAGGAAUUGGUUACCAUGCUCCUGAAGUAAUCGAGACACGAAAGGUGUCACAAAAAUCCGAUGUCUACAGCUUUGGCGUACUUCUCCUGGAGAUGCUCACAGGCAAAUCCCCAAUACCUUCCACUGGGCACGAUGAUGUAAUCGAUCUCCCCAGAUGGGUCCGAUCUGUUGUUCGUGAGGAAUGGACUGCUGAAGUCUUUGAUGUGGAACUGAUGAAGCACCAAAAUGUUGAUGAAGAGAUGGUUCAGAUGCUUCAAAUUGCUCUCUCCUGUGUAGCCAAGGCACCCGAGAUGCGCCCCUCAAUGGAUGAAGUGGUUCGUUUGAUGGAGGAUAUUAGGCAGUCUGAUGUUGAUAACAGACCCUCGUCUGAGGACAAUGCAUCUAAGCGUUCAAAUGUGAAUACCCCGUAA